GUCGCCUUGGCAACAGACAAAGGGGGGCUUCUCUCUCUCUCUCUCGGCCGCAGGGGAAAGAGAAAAGGUAGCAGCGCUCAUCACAUGACCCGUCCUGUUCUUAGCGUCGCUGUGUUGCGUUUUGGGGACCAGCUUUCGGACCCAGUGAGAGCAGCCCGGCUUCCCCUCGCGCUGACGGACUGAGCGGGGAUCGACAUGUCAGACAUAGUUCCACCAGAGGUUAGACCCAAGCCAGCUGUCCCUGCUAAGCCCCCAAAUGUCGGGGCUCCCUCCCCUUCUAGUCCCUUUCCGCCCCAGGGCCCAGGUGUUGGAGCAGGCGGCAUUGGUGCCCAGCCACCGAGUGCUAUUCCGGUUCCCAUCGGAAGUCACACUACAAGCCAUGCUGGCAAUCACGGAGUGGGUCAGGGUGUGGGUCAUAGUGUGGGCCAUGGUGUGGGCCACGGUGUGGGUCACGCUGCGGUUCAUGCUCCACCUCACAGUGGGGGGUCCACUCUGCUUGGCUACAUUGGCAUUGACACCAUCAUUGAACAGAUGAGGAAGAAGACCAUGAAGACUGGCUUUGACUUCAACAUCAUGGUUGUUGGGCACAGCGGCCUCGGAAAGUCCACUCUGGUGAACACCUUAUUCAAGUCUCAGGUGAGCAGGAAGACUGCAGGAUGGUCACGUGACGAGAAGAUCCCCAAGACGGUAGAGAUCAAGUCCGUUUCUCACGUAAUUGAAGAGGGCGGGGUCAAGAUGAAGCUGACAGUUGUUGACACUCCAGGCUUUGGAGACCAAAUCAACAAUGACAACUGCUGGGAACCCAUUUCUAAGUACAUCAAUGAGCAGUUUGAGAAGUUCCUGAAAGAAGAAGUGAACAUCACCAGAAAGAAGCGAAUCCCUGACACCAGAGUGCACUGCUGCCUCUACUUUAUUCCCCCGACUGGCCACUCUCUUCGACAACUGGACGUUGAGUUCAUGAAGCGCUUGAGCCACUCGGCGAACAUCAUUCCAGUAAUCGCAAAGUCUGACACAAUGACCAUCGAGGAGAGACAAGAGUUCAAACAGCGCGUCAGAAAGGAGCUGGAAAUGAACGGGAUUGAGUUUUACCCACAGAAGGAGUUUGAUGAUGACAUGGAGGACAAGAGUGACAACGACAAGAUCAGAGAAACAAUGCCCUUUGCCGUGGUUGGAAGUGAUAAAGAAUACCAAGUGAACAGCAAACGAGUCCUGGGGAGGAAGACGCCGUGGGGAAUCAUAGAAGUUGAAAACCCAAAUCAUUGUGAGUUUGCUCAGCUGAGAGAUUUCCUGAUCAGGUCCCACCUCCAGGAUUUGAAGGAGGUCACCCACAAUAUUCACUAUGAGACGUACCGUGCCAAGAGACUCAACGCCAAUGGAGGUCUGCACCCCAUCACUUCAAAUGACACCCAGGAAAGCAACCUGUAGUCAUCCGGCGAAUGAAUGGGUCAACAUGAAAACAGUGCAAUCAACCUGAUGUAAUAAUCACGUUUUUCACCCCAGCUUUGAGUGAAAUAACGGUCUGUAAAACUUGGUGUCGCCUCCCCGUCCAUGUCAACCCAUCCAAAGUACGCGCAUUUUACCCCCCCGAAGGGACCCACACUGCUGAGGUUUUUAAUGAAAAAUCUGUGAUUUUAGUUAAGAUAAAACAUGAUUUCAGCACCAUAGACCUCUCGUUCAUCCCGUCUUUGACCCGUGCAUAGCAGCUGCUUUCAGCAGAUACUUGACUACAGUUCCCCCCUCUCUUUCCACAGGGUGUGUGUAUAUGCAGAUGUGUGUUUACAAAUCGAUUACAAUAACUCCUAAAUAGAGCUGGCAGCAUACAUUCUGACAUUAUUUAACAACAAACAUAUCCUACUGAGCCCAGACUAGCCCUCUAAAGCCAUUUCCCCCUCGGUUUUCCUUCAGCAUUAUCUCCAGCUUAAUAAGAUACAGUAUUGUCACAGGUCAGGUGGUGAACCGGAACAAUCAUACCAUAGAUAUACAAGCUAAACCUGGCCUUUAAUUUGCGUGCAUUCCUCGUGUGGGUUUUUACACGUUAACAUCAGAGAUCGCUGCUUAAAUUGACUUGUUUUAAAGAGGCUUGCAGCCUGUUUCUGUUUGGUCACUUCUCUUUAAUGUAGAAUUUUGAGUUUCUGUUUAAGAAAUAACGCAUAAGAGAAUAAUGAGUCCAGUUUUUGAGUCUGGGUGUAAAAUGCUCUACCAUCAAUACUUUCUGACCUUAAGUGUAUCACAUAAGUUCUGAUAAUAAUGUAGUGAUGUAAGUCCAAUAGAGUCAGAGAUCGGAUUUGGCCAGUUUUGUUCUUGAUUGCCUCCGAUCGGUGAUAAGCAGGUCAACAUUUUCUUUCUUAUGUAUUAAGUGCAUCAAAACUAAGAAUUCACACCAUUUUUGCUCUUUAAACACAUCAAACAACAGUAUGUAAUUUGAUUCACUUUCUUUCUUUUUUUUUUACUCUAAACAGAUAAGAAUCAGUUAGAAAUUAGACUUAAAUGGAUGUAAUCUUGUAAUUUUUGUCGUUUUCUGUUGGAUUCAAAACUGCUACCACUAUCAAAAAACCUGAGGCACAUUUUUGCUCUUUUGUCUGUUACCGUCCUUUGAAAAAAAAAACAUCUGAAUCUCCAGGUCAAACUUAAAGUAAUCCAUAAAUUGGUCUUAGUUAGAAAAAGUCUGAACAGUGCAUCUCUACUAAAGGUGAAUGGGGAGCUAGUGAUGGUGACACUUUUUUUCUGGAAACUGGUAACUUUCCCUGAAUGAAGUAUUUUGAAAGGAUGAUCAAAAAGUUUUUUUUUUUCAGCUUGUGACUGCAGACACCUAAAUAUAGGCUGCCGAGCAUUAAAAAUGAAACUCAGAAAGUUUUCUAUUGUAAGGUUUAACUAUGUAAAGCCAACGACAGUCAGACAUAGUGCCAUCGCAAAAAGCAACUUUUAUCUGUUUUAAACACCUUAUGUUCGUUAAAAAAAAACCUAGAAAGUGCCACAUUAAAACGCGUAACAUUAACUCGUUUAGAGUUUCUGGUAUUGCAUCUGACUUUCUGUGCAGCAGGGAAUACCGAGCCAGCUCUGCAACCGGCUGCAUUGAAAUUUUCCCUUUUAAAAUUCCCUGCAGCUGCCGCUCAAAAUGCACAAAGGAUCCCUGCGGCUUUGCUGCCUGGAUGUCCUAACAAGCUGUGCCGUUUUCUUCAAUUACCAACUCCAAGAAAACAAAAACGUAUCUUUAAUAUCCCCAGCUUAAUUUGGCUUUUUUUUAGACUGUUUGUGAGCAUUUUAAAAAGGGAAACAGCAGCAGUAUCCGCCGUUACAGCAGACAAGGGCUACUGUACUACCAGUGUAAGAGGGACAGAUGCAGCCCACGGCAUAGGCAGAGUGUGCUCCUGCAGUGACACCUUGUGUAUUUUUAUCUACAUUAUCAUAGAUAUAGAUGGAUUUUAGUAAUUGUGAAUAUUUUUACACUUAAACAGAUGAUAGGCUUUUAGAAUAACUGCAGUAUUUAUUUAGUCAAAUACAGGACAUAGCAUUUGAGAACCACUUGUUUCAACACUAAGGAUUGCUUUUAAUCUCAUGCUCUGACGUUACCCUUCUGACUGGGCCACUAAAAGAUAUUUCUGUUGUGUCAUCAGUGUAUUAUUUUGAAUAUCAGGAAAUAUACCUAUAGAUAUCUGAACAGGAUUCUUGGGUUAUCUGCAAAACAAACUGCUUUAUUUAACUUAGUCUGUUUACUAAGUUAGUGAGAACAGAGCUAAAACACUUGUUAUUGCACCUGCUGACCACUUGGUGGCAGCACUCUGCAACAUUAAGACUGGGUUUACAGUAAAAAAAAGAGACCUCAGGUGGUCUGACAGCCCUUGUUUAAUUGACAUGGUUUUCUCCCUGAGAAGGUUUACAGAGUCUGCCAACAUAUCUCCUCAUAUCAGGUUUAAUGUUAAAUAUUUCAAUGGUGUGCACUGACAUAAGCGAGCUGCCAACGUGUUUACCAAGUUUCCUUCAACAUUUAUAACGCUCUGCCAAUGCCAUGUCCAGGACGCUCUGGCGAACAAAUAUGCCACAACUGAAUAAGGUAAUCCUUCAGGAAAGCAGUCGUCGUUGAUAUAAACAGUCACAUGUCGGUGUGGUGUCGGGCAAAGUGGUCGUGCUUGUGAUUUUAGUGCAAUCAAGGGUCUGAAAGCAGAAAUGUGUGACAUUGUGUGUGUUUGUGCUUGCUUGUACCUGUACAGCCAGUCAGUUCUCACGUCACCACCGUUAACUGAAUACUCCUGGAUGUGUGGUCUCUGAACUGGUGUGUCGCGGGGUGGAGACGCUGCGGUCUGAACUCCUGUAACUCCUUUCGGUCAGUAGGACCUCAACACGAUCACUUCAUUGUUGACAAACCUUUGGGCAAAGUUGACGUGAUAUUUAUAGUAUCAUUUCCAGUGUUAUUUGGCAUUAUUUAUACAUUGGUGUCUUAUUGUAAUUUAUUCUUUAUUUAAUAAAUGCACUUCUCCAUGUUUGUAA